ACAAAAAAUUUACAACUACUCCGCGUUACAGUUGUAAUUUUUUUGCCAAAAUUCUAAUAAGUAAGAUUCUGCAUCAAAAAAGAAUAAUUGACUAAAAAAUAUAUAAAAUGUUUUGUCAAGUGAGUUAGUAGUUCAAGGUUAUUUACAUUAUCCCUAAAUAAUUGUUCCUAUUAAGAAGAUAUAGCUCAGGUGGAUAAGUAAUAUUGUAAUUUAUUUUAUUUGAAACAUAAUGGAUUUAGUAGAAUGUAGAAACUUACUUAGUAGACAUUGAAAUACUUUAAAUGAAAUUAAUGUUAUAUAAUCUAAUACACAUAAACAGUAUUUCAUGAACUUAUUUCUUUCUAGCAGCAACAAGUAUUUUGAAUAUUUAAUUAUUCCCAAACAAUAUGGAUGGUAAAGUGAAGUGAAACCAAAGAGGUGGCAAUGAUGUUUCCCAUGUCGGAGGACGUCCACUGAUCAAAUGAGAGUGACAUGAAAAGUUGAAAAACUGAGUAAUGUUGGGAGUGUGAUGAUGAGUCCACAUGGUGGAAAUAUGCAGUAGACCUUCCCAUCUGAAUUCAAAUUGAAAUCGACACAAAUGUUUUAGUAAAUCCUGUUUUACAGAUAUGUCUGACAAAAAUGCACACUCAAAAAGCAAGACAUACAAAAACUACAAAAGAGAGGAAAUAUCAAAAUCUAGAUCAAGAAACAAAAGCCAUAAGGAUGAAAACAAACGCUCUAAAAUGGAAUCUAGAACUCCCCCACUGCCAACUAGAAGAACUAGCAUAGAAGAGCUCAUCAAAAAAAGGGAAUCUCUAAAACAAGAACUAAAAAAAAUUGCAAAACAUUCUGAAGGUGACUUGACUACUAAACCCUUAUCAGCAGCACCGGAUAAACAUUCCAAGAGUGACUACAUGAAUAACAUGCAAAGUAGGAAAAGGCACAAGAAGGAUCUUGAGGACUCUAAUAUAGCAAGAAAAAAGCCAAUGUUAAAGGACCCGUCACCUGAACACACAGGAGAUUUUGCACAAGCAGAAUCAGAAGAUGAAGAGGCUCUUAUCGAAAAAAGUAGACAACGACGUAAAUUACUUCUGGAGAAGUUAAGCACUUCAAAUAGUGGAGGAAAUGCAGAAGACAGAAUGUAUGCUAGUAGUCACAAAUAUAUAGAAUCUAGAAAUGAAAGUAUUAAUAUAUCCACUUCCGACUCCAAGCCAUCUUCCAAGCAAACAACUGACAUGUUUUGUGAAACAGAUGAUUUUAGUACAAAGAAAGGACCAGACAAUGUUACACAAGACAACACAGAAAAAGAUAAUUUACAAUUAACAGAUAAUUGGGAUGACUCUGAAGGUUACUAUAAUGUGAGAGUAGGUGAUGAGAUUGACAAUAAUAGAUACAUUAUAAAAAGUAUACUUGGACAAGGAGUUUUUGCAAGUGUAGUUCGUGCACAAGACAACAAUGAUGGAAAUACUGAUGUUGCCAUCAAAAUUAUCAGAAACAAUGAAUUGAUGCAUAAAACAGGUUUGAAAGAAAUUCAUUUUUUGAAGGAAAUAAAACAAUACGAUCCUGAAAAUAAAUACCAUUGUGUAAGAUUGAUACAUCAUUUUUUGCACAAGAACCAUCUGUGUAUGGUCCUAGAAUCACUUUACAUGGACAUGCGAGGUGUAAUAAAAAAGUAUGGCAAACAUCAUGGCAUCAAUAUGAAGGCAUUAGUCAGUUACAGCAGACAACUACUAGUUGCAUUGAGACUUUUGAAAAAGAUUGGCAUUAUACAUGCUGACAUAAAACCUGAUAAUAUUUUAGUCAAUGAAAAGAAAAAUGUCCUAAAAUUAUGUGACUUUGGGUCUGCAUCGAAAUCGGAUGUAUAUGAGCCGACACCCUAUUUAGUUUCAAGAUUUUACAGAGCACCUGAAAUAAUAUUGGGCAUUCCUUUCAAGCACAGUGUAGACAUUUGGUCAACUGCUUGCACAAUGUUUGAAAUGGCUACUGGGAAAAUUAUGUUCACAGGAAGCUCCAAUAAUAAAAUGUUGAAAUGCUUUAUGGACUUGAAAGGAAAAUUUUCCGCAAAAUUCAUUCGAAAAGGUAAAUUCAAAGACCAACAUUUUAAUCACGCUAAUAAUUUUCUACUUCACAAAAAAGAUGAAUUCACGGGGCGAGAAAAAGUUGUUGAAAUGAAUAAUAUUAAUGUCACGAGAGAUUUACAUAAAGAGCUACAAAAAUAUUGCAAAAAUCCAUCUGAAAAUAGUGACAAAAAAAUUUUACAACUUAGAGACAUUUUAGAUAAAAUGUUAAUAUUGGAUAUGAACCAUAGAUACUCUGUAACGGAUUGUUUAAGACAUCCUUUCAUUCAAGAAGAGUUGCAGAAAUAACUCGCAAGUUUUAAUCAAAGCUUUUAAUAAACUUGUUAAUUGAAUAAA